UAUGAAAACCCGAACGCGGCAUGAAGACUGAAAGAAGAGAAGACUGAGAAAAGAACAACCAUAAUAACCUCUAUUUAGGAUUUGUGAAAAAACAGCCGUUUCAUUUUCAUAAAUCUGAUAAAAUUUCAUUCAAAUUAUGGAAAUGUCAGGUGGAGAUUUCAGUAUGGAAGAAUUCAUCUGCAUUCAAAAAGAAAAUCUUCAGACUGAAGAUAAAUAUUUUAAUAGGGAAAGAACUCUGAAGCUCCUUGAGCUCUACAAAUUAUAUAAAAAAAGAGUAGGCACCUUCGAGGUAAAAUCUAUGAAGAAAUUAUGGGAAGUAGUUGCAAGAGAAAUGUCUAACCAAUAUAAAAUCACUAUUUCCUCCAAUAAAUGUGAAAAUCGAUUCAAAGUAUUAGAGAGGACAUACAAAAAGGUUAUUGACAAUAACAACCAAACAGGUAGAGGGAGAAUGAAAAACUUUGAAUUUGAAAGCGAAAUGGAUGAUAUUUUUGAAAGAAAAAAAAAUAUUCGACCAGCAGUACUCUUAUCCAGUGAUAGAACUUUUAGGGAAAAAUGUCCAGAACCUUCAAGUUCUACUAUGAUUCCCUGCAUUUCUAUUCCCGAUGAUCAAAUACUCAUUGAUGAGCCCUCCAGUUCUUCAUCACAAAAUCCCCCACAGAUAGAUGCAGCUCAAAAAACAAUAUCACCAGGGAAACGUAAACGUGUAAGUGUUCCUAGCUGCACUUACCAGAAACGUAAUGACAUUUUGAUAGAGCUUAAAAAUGAUAUAAAGCAUUUUUAUGACAGAAAAGACAAAAGAGAGCAGGAAAAGCUUGAUAUUUCCAAAAAAAGGCUACAAGAAAAACAAAAGAAAAAUGAAUUACUAGGGGAGUAUAUUCAAUUUUUGAAAUCAAGCCAAAAUAAAGAUCUUCUGAAUAAAUAAUUGAUGAUUCUCAAGCUAGUGUAUUAUCUUUACAUAUGAAUUUGUUCCAGGGUUCCUUUUUUGUUUUGUUGAAGUUUAUUGUUCGUUUUGUUUUUAUAUUUUUCUAUUUGGAAUGCUCAUUAGAUGAGAUAUUUUUCAUGUUUAUUUUUUUGUAGUACAGGGUUGAGCAAAUUUAUGAUAUAUUCAGUUUCAAAAGACCAAUUUGCUCAACCUAGUACCUACACCUUUUGUACCUGACUGAAUUAUUGUGUUAUUAGGAAUAAAGCUAAUUUAUAUUUAUUAUAUCUCAAAUAUAAAAAAUCUCAUGUUAAUUUGAGAUUCUGUAUUGAGAUCUUUUAGCUUAUAAUAUUUCUUGUAUCUACUCUACUAGUAC